AUGAGUAUCUAUGAUGACAUUUUGAAACAAUUCCCUACGAUUGACGAGUGGAGUGAUUCUGACCAAAAGAUCAUGCUCGAGCCCUACACGUACCUUGGCAUCAACACUGCUAAGGAGCUUCCAUCGAUGGUCACCAAAGCUCUCAAUCAUUGGUAUCAAGUACCACAGCCUGCGCUCGAUAUCGUCUUGCAGAUCGUCGGACCGAUACAUGCUGCAUGUCUAUUAAUCGACGACAUCCAAGAUGAUUCCGAUUUGAGAGGAGGGAACCCAGUGGCUCAUAAAGUAUACGGCGUGGCGCAGACCAUAAACACAGCCACUGUGACUACUCUACUUCUCAGUUACGUGUGCUUUGAUGCGUACCACAAGAUAUCAGAAUUGAGACCAUUUUUAAAAUCGCCCGAGACCAUUGAUUUGUGGAGCAUUAUCAACGAUGAGAUUGCGGCACUUCAUCGCGGUCAAUGGAUAGAUUUGUACUGGCGGGACUCCUUGAUAUGCCCCACAGAGGAAGAGUAUCUCCGCAUGAUACACAAUAAGACGGGAGCCAUAUUUCGAUUGCCAAUGAGGUUGUUGCAAGCCCUAUCUCCAGUCGACUCGGUACCUGACUGCUUUCCGCUGGUGAAUAUCGUUGGAAUCCUCGUUCAAAUUCGGAAUGAUCUCUUGAGCUUAUCUGCCGAUUUUACAAAAGAUAAAGGUUUUUGCGAAGACUUUUCCGAGGGAAAAUUUAGCUUUCCAAUCAUUCAUUCAGUAAAGGCUGAUAGCUCAAACAGUCUAUUGAUGGACAUCUUACGGUUACGUCCAAAAGAUGAGGCCACGAAAAUGAAGGCCUUAAGAUAUAUGAAAGAUCAAACCAAAUCAUUGGAUCAUACUUUUGAUGUUCUUUGUAAAUUGGAGAAAACCGCAAAGCAAGAAUUAGAGAAGCUAGGUGGGAACUCAGAAUUGAGCUCUAUCUUUGAGCGUAUUCAUCUUUCUCCAACUCCUGAGAUUGAAGACCAUUAG